AUGAUGGUCACAGGAGGCCUGGGAGGCCUAGGCCUCAUCGCCUCCUUUCACUGCGCGGCAGAGUUUGACAAUCCUAUCAUAACAACCUCGCGAUCGGGCCGACUUGGCAGUGGAGGGGCCUCGGCAAUGAACAUGUUCGAGGCACUCAAGGAGAUGGUGCCUGUUUACAACGUGAGGCUCAAUGUGGCCAACGCGCAAGACACAGCGGAUGUCUUCGCGUGGGUCAGCCGACCGGGAAUGCCGCCGGAGGACAGCAAGAUCCUGAUAGACGAUGUGGUGUACCAGGUUCGCUACAAGAUCCACUCGCUGCCCGACGAGGCCCUCCGAAGGAUCCAGGAGUUUUUGCUGGAAGUAAAAGAAAAGCUGCUCCAGAUCAUGAAAGACAUGCGGCAGCAGGAAACAAAGAUAGACCAGUCAACAAUGGCAGACUUGUCUGAAAAAGAAGCAGCUGUCAGCCAUGCGAUUAGCAUGAUCCGCGCCAAGGUGGGAGCUGUCCCUCGCUCUGGACAGUGCCGGUUGCUGGGCGGACUGCCCUCUCACGGAUACGGGGUGCCGGACGGAGAUGCGUUGGCGACCGUGCCUUCAGACGGCUCACCGAUCCCAAGCCAGGCAGGGUUACCAGUUAGUUGGGGGCUCCAGGUUUGGAUGGGGAGCUUCCACAAAAACGCUUCGGGCGACGUUCUAUAUUCCGCUGGGACACUUUUGCCGCAUGAAUCUUGUCUUCAAAGCCAGCUUUUCCAUGUGAUUCUAGUCCCGCAAUGA